UGAGUUUGUCAAAUCCCCUGGGACUGGAGUUAACUGAUGAUUGUAAACCACCAUGUGGAUGCUGGGAACAAAUCCAGAUCCUCUGCAGGAGCAGCAAGUACUCUUAACCACUAAGCCAUCUUUUUAGACCCUUAAAAUGGCUUUUCUAUGCCAGGCAAUGGUGGCACACGCCUUUAGUCCGCACUUGGGAGGCAGAGGCAGGCGGGUCUCUGUGAGUUCGAGGCCAGCCUGGUCUACAAGAGCUAGUUCCAGGACAGCCUCCAAAGCUGCAGAGAAACCCUGUCUCAAAAAACAAAAACAAAACAAAACAAACAAACAAAAAAAAGAGGCUUUUCUUCAAUCAGUCUAAAUGUGACUUCUGUCUUUGUGUGAAUUAGAAACAUCAGCUGGCCCUUCUGUCUGCCUCUGUUCUGGGUCCCUAUUCUGAGGUCUCAUUAGUCACAGUGUUAAAUGGCUGUGGUAGAUCCAGUUGGGGUCUGCUGUCCAGUAAAGUCAGGAUCCACCAGUGGGUUGGGUGUGUGUGACAGGUCCAAUGCACAUGCCUAUUUCCUCCCUGGAGAUGUAGGUGGUUCCUUAGUACCCACACUCCAUACUUUGGCCAGUCAGCCUGCUUGGCUAUGCUGAGAACCUAGGCUUUAUGUGUAGCCUGACUGUUAUGAGUAAGAGAUAGACUAGAUCCCUGCCUGGCCAGGAGCUGAGGGGAGGAUAGACAGUGGGGCUCAGUGUUAACCUGCAACAUGGCCUACCACCAAGCACAGACAGGAAUCUGCAUAUCCAGAUAACCAGUGUGUGAUUUGAGUUGGGGCAGAUAGGUACUCUGCCCCUGAAUGUCUGCCUGAUGGGAAUCCUUGAAAGGGGGAGUCCCUCCCUUUUGUCAGUGUCCUGGCCUUCUGUUCCACUAAGCAUCUGGACAGGGUGCUUUUUGUAGGCAACUGUAUUCCCUAUGGAGGAACUGCCAUCCCAUCUCUGCAGCAGAAGAUUGCAUUUUGAGUGAUACUUGGAGGAGUUGCCAUGGUUACAUAUCCCAUUGGUCUGUCACCUUCACUGUUCUCAGAAACAAAUCCCCUCUCUUAUCCAAGCUGUGGUCCUACCUUCCUUCAGAAGGCUGUUUGCCUGGCUAUUCCCUGCUCUGCACUGGAGGCCCUGCUGUCUCAAAUCCAGUGCCAGAGGUAUUUGGUUAGAGCUUCCAGCCUUAGCCACCAGUAGGGGGGGAAGGGUGUGAGCCUUGGUCUGAGCAGUAGCAGUGCCCUACCCCCUGGCGUCUGGGCUUGCUUUGCAGGACCUGGGGGUUCCUUGCUGGAACACUGCAAAUAAUAAGGAUGAGAGUAUGUUUACUACAAGCAGCUCCCAGCCCAGGAGAAAGUCUGAGUACCGUGGGGAGCAAAUGGACCUUGACAUUCUGGGGAUGGGUCACAGGCCUAUUUUUUUGGUUAGUGAAAGCUCCCUAGAGAAGGUGCUAACUGAGCAUGCCGAGUACAGAAACCAGAAAGGCUGCAUAAGAGGGAUAUUGGGUAUCGCAGGUUCCCAGCAACAGCCUCCUGGGAGAAGGUUCUGCAGCACGUAGUGCAAUAGCUGUGCUGUGCGCAGGCUGUGGUUCUGGGUCGAGCUGUUUGGUGGGGGACCGUUCUGCCCAGGAUGUGCGCGAGUCAAGGCGGCGCGUGCGCGUCCUGGGUACGCGCGUGCUCUGCCCGUGUACGCGCAGGGCUGGCAUCUCAGUGACGCUGUCUGAGCUUGGUGCGCACAGAGCAGAGCAGGUGGAGCGGGCCGGCCGGGGCGGAGCGGAGCGGUCCGCAGAGCAGCCCCUCCCGGCCUCGGCCGACCCCGGCCCUCGGGCCGGCUCUAUGGACAGGAGCUCGCUGCUGCAGCUAAUCCAGGAGCAGGUGCGUGGUGGGUGGGAGCUGGCACUGCCUUGGCGCCCUUCCAGCCGGUGAGGGGCUCAGGGGAGGGACCAUGCUCACAGAAGGCCCUACCAGGCAUCCACCUCUGAAGGCUCCCGAAGCCUUCACGACCUUGGCUUCUGAGACUCACGACGACCCCAGGAAAGGUCUGGCUUCACUGGGUUUCCACGGAAAGCUGGGGAGGGAGGGUGGUGAUCCUCGGACCUAGGUCCUUCCCCCUUCUAGGACUGAUAGGGUGAAUUUGAGGUGCUAGAGCAGCCAAACCAGGCAUCUUGCCCUGCCAGGGCCUGGGAACAAGCUGGUUCUAGCAAACAGGCACUGACUGGCCCUGAAGUCCAGCUUCCUAGCCAGCCUGGCUCAGCCCUGUGGCUGGAGGUUGGCCCACCCUCUACUCCCCCACCACAGCAGCUGGAUCCUGAGAACACAGGCUUCAUCGGUGCAGACACCUUCGCUGGUCUGGUACACAGCCAUGAGCUGCCCCUGGACCCUACCAAGUUGGACAUGUUGGUGGCUCUGGCUCAGAGCAACGAACGGGGCCAGGUCUGCUACCAGGAGCUGGUGGACCUGAUCAGCAGCAAGCGUUCCAGCAGCUUCAAGAGGGCCAUUGCUAAUGGACAACGGGCGCUGCCCCGGGACGGACUGCUAGAUGAGCCAGGCCUGGGUAUCUACAAGCGGUUUGUGCGAUAUGUGGCCUACGAGAUCCUGCCCUGUGAGGUGGAUCGACGCUGGUACUUCUACCGGCACCGCAGCUGCCCACCCCCUGUGUUCAUGGCCUCUGUCACCCUUGCCCAGAUCAUCGUGUUCCUGUGCUACGGGGCACGUCUCAACAAGUGGGUGCUCCAGACCUACCACCCUGAAUACAUGAAGAGCCCUCUAGUGUAUCAUCCAGGACACCGCGCUCGCGCCUGGCGCUUCCUCACCUACAUGUUCAUGCAUGUUGGGCUGGAGCAGCUAGGGUUCAAUGCCCUCUUGCAGCUGAUGAUCGGGGUGCCCCUGGAGAUGGUGCACGGUGUGCUUCGCAUCAGCCUGCUCUAUCUGGCAGGUGUGCUGGCAGGCUCCCUGACUGUCUCUAUCACAGACAUGCGUGCCCCUGUGGUAGGGGGCUCUGGAGGGGUCUAUGCCCUGUGCUCAGCACACCUGGCCAAUGUUGUCAUGAACUGGGCUGGGAUGCGGUGUCCAUACAAGCUGCUGAGGAUGGUGCUGGCUCUGGUGUGCAUGAGUUCCGAAGUGGGCCGGGCUGUGUGGCUGCGCUUCUCCCCACCACUGCCUGCCUCAGGCCCACAGCCCAGCUUUAUGGCACACCUGGCUGGUGCAGUGGUAGGUGUAAGCAUGGGCCUUACCAUCCUUCGAAGCUAUGAGGAGCGCCUGAGGGACCAGUGCGGCUGGUGGGUGGUGCUACUUGCCUAUGGCACCUUCCUGCUUUUCGCCAUCUUCUGGAACGUCUUUGCCUAUGACCUGCUGGGUGCCGACAUCCCCCCUCCACCGUGACCUGCUCCUUCGGGCCAUGUGGCUAGAGCCUGGCCUGCAGUGGGUCGGCCACCAGGUGGGCCUGCAUGUCUGCCCUCUAUGAACGGACCUCUCAGGGCUGCUUUUCCCCACAGGGGCAGGCAGGCCCUGCGGUCUGCCAGGUUGAGGCCAAGUCUUACUGCAGCCCUUGCUGCCCCUCCCAGGCCUUUCUGGGGGAGGGGUGCUAUUAGGUCAGGGCUGGGUGGAGGUCCUUGAAUGUGGCCCUAGACGAGAUUCCCCUCCCUCCCCACCGAUCCCCAGGACUUGCAGUCUGAGCCUUUUUGGAGAAUGAAUAAAUAUUUUACACAGCA